AAAAACUUGAAGUUGGGUGUGGUUUCACAGAAAACGUUUCACAGGGUCCACUAAUCAAUGAUGUUUUCAUGCAAAAGUUGAAUCUUUCCUUCAAGAUGUUACCUCAAAGGGAGCAAAAGUACUCAUGGGUGGUAAAAUACAUAGCCUUGGGAUGAAAUUUUAUGAGCCCACUAUACUCGGUGAAGUCAACAACGAGAUGCUCAUAGCAAGGACUUGCUGCUUAUGUUUUCAAAUAAAUGUCCAACGUUCUUGGCGUGUAUCUGAAGCACUUGAGUAUGGAAUAGUUGGGGUCAAAGAAGGAAUAAUAUCAACAGAGGUGGCGCCGUUUGGAGGAGUUAAACAAUCUGGUCUUGGACGAGAGGGUUCCAAGUAUGGGAUGGAUGAAUACCUGGAGGUUAAGUACGUGUGCAUGGGGAACAUGGGUGGUAAUGCAUAAUUUUGGCCAGCCUUUUUUCCAUGUAUCACGAGAGUUGAGUAUAUAUUCAGCCAUAGGUAUGGAGAAACAU